AGGAGCGCAGCCGCCGCCGCCGCCGCCGCGUCCUCAGCCUUGCGCUCCGCCCGCUGCCUCUGCCGCCUCAGCCCGGCCCCGGAGCACUGAGCCGGGGACACCGGCCCCUGCGCCUGCCCGCCCUUCGGCCGCAGCCAGCAUGGGGGGCUGCUGAGAGCGAGCUCCUCUCCCCUCUGGCACCUCCCCCGGCCACUGGCCACUGGACUCUGGCCAGCGAGCUUCGGCCACCUCUGGCUGGCAGUCCGGCGCCUGGCACGGCCCUCGGCUCUGCUCCUCCGGCUCUGAGCAUCGUGUCCCCGCCCCCCCCGCCCGCGCCUGGGACACCUGGGUCCCCCGGCGGCCCCUAGGAGAGGGGCGGGGGGGGGCAUGAAGCCACUGGAGAAAUUUUUGAAGAAGCAGACGUCGCAGCUGGCGGGGCGAGCGGUGGCAGGAGGUCCCGGCGGGGGUCCGGGUGGCUGCGGAGGGCCUGGCGGGGGUGGCGGCCCUGGCGGGGGCGGCGGUCCGACCGGGGGACCGCGGCCGCUGCAGCGGCGUCAGAGCGUGUCUCGCCUGCUGCUCCCAGCUUUCCUCCGGGAGCCCUCAGCCGAGUCCGGGCUGGAGCCGCCGGCCGAGGAGGACGGGGGCGAGCCCUUAGGGGUCUCGGAGGAGCCGGGCAGCGGGGGGCCGUGUUGGCUGCAGCUGGAGGAGGUGCCCGAGCCCGGGCCGCUGGGGUGCGGGGUCCCCCUGCGCUCCCCUUCCUCGUACUCCUCAGAUGAGCUAUCCCCGGGCGAGCCCCUGGCUUCACCUCCCUGGGCCCCCCUGGGCGCCCCCGAGCGGCCAGAGCAUCUUCUGAACCGGGUUCUGGAGCGCCUGGCUGGAGGGACGACCAGGGACAGCGGCGCCUCGGAUAUUCUGCUUGAUGACAUUGUCCUCACCCAUUCCCUCUUUCUGCCAACCGAGAAGUUUCUACAAGAGCUACACCAGUACUUUGUUCAGUCAAGGGAUGUGGAGGGUCCAGAGGGGCUGGGCCGGAAGCAAGCCUGUCUGGCUCUACUCCUCCAUUUCUUGGAUACCUACCAAGGACUGUUACAAGAGGAAGAAGGGGCCGGCCACAUUAUCAAGGAACUGUAUCUGCUGAUUAUGAAGGAUGAGUCCCUUUACCAAGACCUCCGAGAGGACACUCUGAGGCUGCACCAGCUGGUGGAGACAGUGGAGCUAAAGAUUCCAGAGGAGAGCCAGCCGCCCAGCAAGCAGGUUAAGCCACUCUUCCGUCACUUCCGCCGGAUAGAUUCCUGUCUGCAGACCCGGGUGGCUUUCCGGGGCUCUGAUGAGAUCUUCUGCCGGGUCUACAUGCCUGACCACUCUUACGUGACCAUACGCAGCCGCCUCUCAGCAUCCGUGCAGGACAUCCUGGGCUCUGUGACCGAGAAGCUGCAGUACUCGGAAGAGCCCACAGAGCGUGAGGAUGCCCUCAUCCUGGUAGCUGUUGCCUCCUCUGGAGAGAAGGUCCUCCUCCAGCCAACAGAAGACUGUGUGUUCACCACUCUGGGCAUCAACAGCCACCUGUUUGCCUGUACCCGGGACAGCUAUGAGGCUCUAGUACCCCUUCCUGAGGAGAUCCAGGUCUCGCCUGGAGACACAGAGAUCCACCGGGUGGAACCUGAAGAUGUUGCCAACCAUCUUACUGCCUUCCACUGGGAGCUGUUCCGAUGUGUGCAUGAGCUGGAGUUCGUGGACUACGUGUUCCACGGGGAGCGUGGUCGCCGGGAGACCGCCAACCUGGAGCUGCUGCUGCAGCGUUGCAGCGAGGUCACUCACUGGGUGGCCACGGAGGUGCUGCUCUGUGAGGCCCCGGGCAAGCGGGUCCAGCUGCUCAAGAAGUUCAUCAAGAUCGCCGCCAUCUGCAAGCAGAACCAGGACCUCCUGUCCUUCUACGCUGUGGUUAUGGGACUGGAUAAUGCUGCCGUCAGCCGCCUGCGGCUCACCUGGGAGAAACUGCCAGGGAAAUUCAAGAACCUCUUCCGCAAAUUUGAGAACUUGACGGACCCCUGCCGGAACCAUAAAAGCUACAGAGAAAUCAUCUCCAAAAUGAAGCCUCCUGUGAUUCCCUUCGUGCCCCUGAUCCUCAAAGACCUGACCUUCCUGCAUGAGGGGAGUAAGACCCUUGUGGAUGGUUUGGUGAACAUUGAGAAGCUGCAUUCCGUGGCUGAGAAGGUGAGGACAAUCCGAAAAUACCGGAGCCGGCCCCUCUGCCUGGACAUGGAGGCCUCCCCGCAUCACCUGCAGACCAAGGCCUAUGUGCGCCAGUUCCAGGUCAUCGACAACCAGAACCUCCUCUUUGAGCUCUCCUACAAGUUGGAGGCUAAUAGUCAGUGAGAGUUUAGGGGCCCAGCUGCCCCCACCUAGGUCCUUGGCACCUGGCACUCAAGCACUUUGCACGAUGCCCUCAGCCACCCACAUCGGCCAUCUUUCCCCUGGAGCCUCUUCCUAUGCUACGAGGAGGAUUGGGUUGACCUACCAGAAUGCAUCAGCGUGUCUGUCCAUCCUGCUGCGGCCCUCUUACCAUGCUCCUCCACACUCUUGGUGUCUGACCUCCCCCCGGUGAGGUCUGUUCCAGAGAUGGAGCUUCCAGACCCGAGCAGGAAGGAAGCACCCCCUCCCGGAUCGCAGCUGUGGUACCUACCGGAGGCAUUGGAAGUCUUCUUCUCCGCCACCUGUUCACUUCCCCCUCAUCGGGGCUGAGAUCCCUGGAUAUACACCCCCGAGACAGUGUGUGUGUGUGUGUGUGUGUGUGUGUGUGUGUGUGUGUGUGUGUGUGUGUGAGAUUUACAGGUCCCCUCUUAGGGAGCAAGAGUGCAUCUGAUAAGGUAGGGAGAUUAUCACAAGUGGGUUUUGUUGUUGUUGUUGUUUGGUUGUUUUGGGUUUUUUUUACUUUUGUUUUUUGAGGAUCCCUUCUGUUUGGUGCUACCUUUGUCGACUCUCCCUCCCUCCCUUCCUCCCUCCCUCCCUCCCUCCCUCCCUCCCUCCCUCCCUCCCUCCCUCCCUCCCUCCCUCCCUCCCUUCCUGCCCAGACUCCACCUGCUGUCCUUCCUACAUGUGAAAGCUGUGGGCCAACCUGUUCCUGAAGGCAGGCAGUAUCAGAAGGCCAGAGAGUUAGUACCCAUUAGCCCCUGCAAAUCCCACACCCAAGCUUCCCCAAGAUCUCUGGGUAUGUGACGGUGAGAGGCAUCAAGAUGCUCAGGGAAACACAGGACCCUGCCUCUCUGCCCGGCAGUGGGUAGAGUGCAGUGGUAUCGGGAGUCAGGGGCACCUGUUCCCCAUACCUCUCUGCCUUUGGGGGUGUCUCACUGCUACGGGGGGCAUUGUCAUCCUUCUUCUGGCUCUGUGUCUGCCGCCAACCUCACAGUCUGGCCAUCUGUCUUCACCCCCACCCUGCCCUUUGUCUUUCUAGAGACUCAGGGUGGACCCAGUACCUAGGGCAGCUAGCGCCUCCCUGAGUGGGGAGGAAAGGCAGCAGCGGUUAUAAAGAAGAAGCUGGGCUCCGGCAAGGCUUUGUUACCUCUCCGGCACCCUUCCCUCUCCCAUCACGGGCUCCAGGGCUGAGGGGUUGUAGGGGCUCUUGGCAGCUACUGGGUGGGGCUCCCUGGCACAGCCUCACCCUCCUUCCUGGCCCUUCUGAAGAGGUAACGGGGGCCGUGGCAGCAGUGAAAUCAGCUGCAGCUCCUGCUCUGGGAGUGGAUAUAUUUUUUACCCAAAGCUCUGGAAUUGUACAUUUAUUUUUUAAAACCCAAAGAGGGAAAGAACCUUGUAUCAUAUGUAAACAUUGUAUUAUAGGUUAUGUUGUACAGUCCCUUUUAUACAGCAGUUCCUGUUGAAAUAUCCACAGAUAUGCCAUACCACUCCCCCUGGCUCCUAGUGGUGAUGGUGACCGCCCCCCAGCCCAUAAUGGUGAUGGUAACCAUACCUCCCCAUACUCUGCUUCUUCCACCCAACUGCUGGCUGCUCCCCCUGCAGCCCAGGCUUCCUGCCCCUCUCCAGUAACCCCUCAUAUCCGCCUUCUCUAAUUCCCUAGCCUCCAAGAACACUGCCUCCCCACCCCUUGGCUGCUGCUUGCCUCUGGUUGUGAUGCUUGCUUCUCAGGGGCCCUGAACCCCCCAACCCUGUAGCUUUAAUGGAGUGAACUGUGUGUAUUGUACAGGCCCAGUUGUCAUUGAAGAAACCGCUGGAUAGAGAAAAUACACUCAAGUCUAUGAAUGAA